UGUUCUCCUCCCCUGCAGCGCUGACAGGAAGCCAAGCAGAGUCCCAAGCCCCUAUCCAAGGCCUUCGCAGUGCCACGAUGGGCGCAACACGACACCGGAGAGCCGCCACCGAGGAGAACUACUGGGCCUACUCAGGUAUAUACGGGCCAGACGAGGGAUGGCUGACAGCUUACCCAGAAUGCAGAGAGAGAAACCAGUCACCAGUCAACAUCGGUGACCAGGACGCAAAGGUGUCUACAGAGUAUCAGGAGCUGACACUGGAGGGCUUUGAUACUGAAUCCUCUAACAAGACGACGAUGAAGAAUACCGGCAAAACAGUGGCCAUUAUGUUGAAGGAUGAUUACUUUGUUCGGGGAGCAGGACUACCAGGGCGCUUCAAGGCUGAAAAAGUGGAGUUUCAUUGGGGCCCCAGCAACGGAUCUGAGGGCUCUGAACACAGCAUCAAUGGCCGGCGUUACCCCGUGGAGAUGCAGAUCUACAUGUACAACUCAGACGACUUCGACAGCCUCAGCGCAGCGCUCAGGGAAAAGAGGAUCAUCGCAGCAAUGGCUGUGUUUUUUCAGGUGGGAGGGAAGGACAAUCCAGCGGUUGACCCCAUCAUCCAUGGCCUGAAGGGUGUGGUCCAUCAUGAAAAAGAGACUGUCCUGGAGCCGUUCAUUCUGAAGGACCUGCUGCCGUCAUCGCUGGGAAGUUACUACCGCUACACCGGCUCUCUGACUACACCACCAUGCAGCAAGGUGGUGGAGUGGAUCAUCUUCAGCAGGCCUAUAUAUGUCUCCUACAAACAGUUGGAGGCUUUUUACUCGAUCUUCACCACGGAGCAGCAGGACCAUGUCAAGUCUGUGGAGUAUCUGCGAAGCAACUUCAGGCCUAUCCAGAGCCUGGACAACCGUCACGUCUACAAGUCAGCAGUGAAAGACGCCUGGAUGCCCGACCUGACUGACAGCGGCAGCGGGCCGUAUGGCACAGAGACAUCCAAAGUGUGCAGCAGUGCCCCCAUCAACAUGAAGGUGCAGCAUGUGAACAGCAGUGCUCUGGUGGUGCGCUGGGAUCGCCCGGAGGUCACUUAUCACCCGCCCAUCCUCUUCUUCCUGGUGUCCUACAGCUGGACGGCCCACGACGACAGCUACGAGGAGACGUACCUCACACCUGCUACGCACAAACUGGAGGCCAUCAUUUCUCCCGUCUCCCCUGACGUGCUCUACCUGUUUCGAGUCCAGGCCGCCUGUAUGAACGACAUGCGCAGUGACUUCAGCCAGAGCAUGCUCUUUAGAGCAAACACCACCAGGGUCUUUGAGGGGACGAGGAUCGUGAAGACUGGAAUGCCGACAGUGUCUCCAGCCUCCUCCGCUGACAUGGCUCCCAUUUCCUCUGGAUCCUCUACUUGGACCUCUUCUGGCAUCCCCUUCUCCUUUGUCUCAAUGGCGACUGGAAUCGGACCAUCCUCCAGUGGUAGUCAGGCGACGGUGGCCUCGGUAGUGACCAGCACUCUGCUGGCCGGCCUAGGCUUCAGCGGUGGAGUCAUCUCCUCCUUCCCCAGCUCUGUUUGGCCCAGCAGAGCCCCAACUCAUAACCCCACCUCCACCCGCCAGAGCAACGAACCCACCGAGCCCGCCAGAGACGCCACCACCUCUUCCUCCUCUGUCACGACAACCACAGCCAACGAUAACAGCGAAGCAGCAGGUGAGGACAAAGAUAACAGACAUGGUCAAGGAGAGGAUGGAGAGAGGGAAGGGGAGGAUAAGGAUGAAGAGGAGGAAGAUGAAGAAGAGAAAGAUGAGAAGAAAGGGAGGAAGAGAUCAAGAGGAGAAAGCAAGGAAGGGAGAAGGACUAUCGCAGCAGAGGAUGAGCCAACCAGGCAGACGCCGGACUCUACUGCAAAGGAGAAAGAAGAGACAGAACCAGAUCCAUCCGAACUGCUGCCUGUUGUCGACAAGGUGAUUACCCAUGAUCCUCUGGACUUGAACGCCACGACCGCCACAGAGGCAGCCACUGAAAUGGCAGCAUUCCCUGCACUGAAGGGCCCAGCAGCCACACUCAGACCCAGCUCAGGGGAGAAGAAGCACUGGCCUUUCUCCAUCCAUACCGAUCGUCCCACUGUCGUGACCAACCUGACCCAUCCGGUGAGGACCGGGCCUGGAGCGGGUCUGGGCCGUGUGGAGUGGCUGGUUCCUUUGGGCGUGGUUUCAGCUCUGACCUUCCUCUGUCUCGUUCUGCUGCUGGUUGUGCUUGUCUACUGGAGACGCUGUUUCCAGACAGCCCACUUCUAUGUGGAGGACAGCAGUUCACCCAGGGUGAUACCCAAUGAGACGAUCCCUGUCACCCCCAUCCCAGAUGACAUGGAGGCCAUUUCAGUCAAGCAGUUUAUGAAACACGUCUCCAAACUCUCCUCAAACAACCAUCAUGGAUACUCUGAAGAUUUUGAGGAGGUGCAGCGGUGCACUGCAGAUAUGAAGAUCACAUCAGAGCACUCCAACCACCCUGACAACAAGCACAAGAACAGAUACAUCAACAUCGUGGCCUAUGACCACAGCAGGGUGAAGCUGAGGCCACUGGCUGGGAAGGACUCCAAACACACUGACUACAUCAAUGCCAACUAUGUGGAUGGUUACAACAAGCCUCAAGCCUACAUCGCAGCCCAGGGACCUCUCAAGUCCACGUUUGAAGACUUUUGGCGGAUGGUGUGGGAGCAAAACACGGGCGUCAUCGUCAUGAUUACAAACCUUGUGGAGAAAGGACGAAGAAAAUGUGAUCAGUACUGGCCGACAGAGAACAGUGAAGAGUAUGGCAACAUGGUGGUGACGCUAAAGAGCACCAAAGUCCACGCCUGCUACACCGUUCGCUGCUUCACACUGAGGAACACAAAAGUAAAAAAAAGUGUGAAGGGGAACCCAAAGGCGCGAGCUCAGAGCGAACGAACUGUGCACCAGUUUCAUUACACCCAGUGGCCAGACAUGGGUGUGCCAGAGUACACGCUGCCCGUCCUCACCUUUGUCCGCAGGUCCUCAGCCGCCCAGAUGCCUGAUAUGGGCCCCAUGCUUGUCCACUGCAGUGCCGGAGUAGGUCGUACGGGGACAUACAUCGUCAUCGACAGCAUGCUGCGGCAGAUCAAGGACAAGAGCACGGUCAAUGUGCUAGGCUUCCUCAAACACAUACGAACCCAACGCAACUACCUGGUCCAGACUGAGGAGCAGUACAUCUUCAUCCACAAUGCCUUGAUCGAAGCCAUUUUGGGGAAGGAGACGGAAGUGUCGGCCAGCCAGCUUCACAGCUACUUCAGCAGCAUCUCCACACCCGGACACAGCGGAGGGACACGUCUGGACAAACAGUUCAAGUUGGUAACGCAGUGUAAUACCAGAUUCACAGAGUGCUUCAACGCUCAGAAGGACUGCAACAAGGAGAAAAAUCGAAACUCCUCCGUGGUGCCAUCGGAGCGAGCAAGGGUCGGCCUCGCACCUUUGCCUGGCAUCAAAGGCACCGACUACAUUAACGCCUCUUACAUCAUGGGUUACUACAGGAGUAAUGAGUUCAUCAUUACCCAGCAUCCUCUGCCUCACACCACAAAAGACUUCUGGAGAAUGAUCUGGGACCACAAUGCACAAAUCAUCGUUAUGCUGCCUGCCAACCAAGGACUGGCAGAGGAUGAGUUUGUGUACUGGCCCAGUCGGGAGGAGGCCAUGAACUGCGAGGCGUUCACUGUCACCCUCAUCAGUAAAGACCGUCUCUGUCUGUCCAAUGAGGAGCAGAUCAGCAUCCACGACUUCAUCCUGGAGGCCACACAGGAUGACUAUGUAUUAGAGGUUCGUCACUUUCAGUGCCCCAAGUGGCCGAACCCCGACGCACCCCUCAGCAGCACCUUCGAGCUCAUCAACGUCAUUAAAGAGGAGGCAGCCACCCGCGAUGGACCAACCAUCGUCCACGAUGAGUUAGGAGCAGUGUCAGCUGGCAUGCUAUGUGCCCUCACCACUCUGUCUCAGCAGCUGGAGAGCGAGGGCGCCGUAGACGUCUAUCAAGUGGCCAAGAUGAUUAACCUCAUGAGGCCAGGAGUCUUUACAUACACUGACCAGUACGAGUACUUAUACAAAGCUCUGCUCAGCCUCGUCGGCUCCAAGGACAACGGCUCGAGCCUUCUGUCCAGGGACAUUAACGUGACCAUGGGGUCCAUCUCUGACCAGUCUGACCAGGCUGAGAGCAUGGAGUCUCUGGUCUGAGAGAGACUCCAUUCUGGAGCUGAUCUGAGGGCGUCCUGCGGGUCCCUGCAGGAUCCGUGAGCCCACAAAGGAGGCACUUAACUUUGUAAAACGUCAAGGAACUAUUGUGGACAAGACUUUUUGAGGCCUUUUUUUGCCAGACUCUUGGUUAAAAUGAAUAACCUGAUUACUUUUUUACACUGAUAAAAAGUUUUUGAUAUUUAUUUUUUCGCCAUUUUAUGUCUUAAUGUUCUCCUACUGAAGGGUUUGCACCUGCAACUUUGAGUUUUUUUGUUUUUCACAACAGCGUGGAUAGGCAACGAGAAACACUUUUCUGUCUUUUCUUGUUUGCACUAUAUAAUGUCAGUGUUACUGCCUAUACUAAAGCUGACUCACUUGGCUUUCCUCAACUCCAGCUCUGAUUUUGUUUUUGACAUUCCACGGCUUUGGCCCCGAUUAAUCCGACUGCUUCUGUGAAGGACGUUGUUCUGCCUGACAGCUACAUGUUGAUUUCAGACAGUGGAUGGAGGAAGGCGUGAACUCUCUGCCUCAGUGACAAAAAACUGGUUGACUUCAGCUCAGUGUGACCUCCUCCGCCCUGCUCAUCUAUACUACUCACAUUUCCACUCAUUUACCACAAGAACCAAGAUGUUGGAGCAUUUUGCCACUGAAAACUAGCUCUUCUUUUCCAAUUUCUUUCCUCUUCCUCUUCUUUUUUUCUUUUCUUGCCUUGUUUCUUGUCACUCUCCCUCUUACUAGCGAGUCACACAUAUGUUAGAAUACCCAAGGUGGUGUAACAACUGCUACUGUGAAAUUUUACUAUUUCUUUGUAUAAUUCAUAUUAUGCUUUUUAAUAUAUGGAAAUACUGUAUGUAUACAUAUAUAAAUAUAUCCUUAUCAUAAUAACUUUGUGAUUUUUGUACAUGUCCUUUUGUGGCCUCCUGCCUCAGGCCGGUUAAUUUCCACCACAUCAGAUGGUUUACCACUCCAGUACUCACAGCUCAUUUCUAACCAUGUGAAAGUGGACUCCCUCAGUCCUACACUUACCUGUAUGCUGCUAUGUCAUGUGACCACUCACACACACGCAUGUUCACACACAGACAAACUCCACCAGUAGUGACUGAUGCUUAAAUUUGAAUCGUGAAACAACAUCAGAUGAUGCAACAACACAUCUUUCGACAUCCAUCUUUCCGGACAUUACUUUAUUUUCUGUUAAGUCAUUCUGAUGGAUUGACAGCCCUCAUGUGCUCCCAUGCACAUUAACAUAUAUCAUUACAGGGUUGUAUUAGUAUGAUCUGCAGACUCAAAAACAAGCUCUAUGCAACACAUGGGUUAGGUUUAGUAAUCUGAAACAGGGUUUAAAGCAGUGAGUGUCAAUCUGAUCCAGAUCUGAAGAGUCUCACCACUGAGCUGUUUGAUUUUUUUCAUGUAAUAAUUCAGUCAUUUAUUAAGCUGCUUUAAUGAUGUAUAGUAAAUGUUUGGUAGUUGUAUGUGGUUUAAGAAUGCAGUACAGGUCAAGAUACAUUGGCCCUAUAAUGGACCUAAAUUUGCAAAUUGGAGGCCUGCAGCCGUCACACCUGUGUGUCAUGUUCUCCUGAUGAAUCUCAACAAGUUGCAGUGUGUUUCCUGUGCACAGCCAUCUUUGUAAGAGCUGGAGUUUAUGGAGAAACAAGCUUACUAGAGAAAUUUUCUUACAGUGACACAGUCCCAAUCAUUGUCAUAUAACCAGCAUCAGCUGAUGCUACUGUGUUCAAGCUAACACCAACAGGAAUAUUUCAUGCUCAUAUGCUUCAUCUGAAAUGUUACUCAAAUGUUACCCUACUGUGAAAGGCUGCUGAAUUGUGUUGAAAGUAAAUGCAUUUGUUUUGUUUUUGCAG